CUUCAUCCCCAUCUGUUAGAAGUACAGAGUCUUUCCGAAAUAUGGAUUAAGUGCAGCGCAAGCUCUCCGACAUUAUACUCACACCCCUCCGAACCCGCGUCUAGACCCUGCUCUUCCCUCACCGGUCACAGGUCCCCCCCUGUGAGACGCUCACUCCUGCUCCUGCGUACUGUGUGCCGUUGGCCAUGAUGCGAGCUACUGCAGGAACCUCUCACACAAACAUAUCCCUUCGCGAACCGGAACGACUACUAUUCACUCUCCGCUUAUAAAAGCGGUGUUUUCCAGCCGUUGAUCAUUUCUCCUUCUUUUUGGGAACCUGUACACGACUUACGGUGGACUUCUGAGCCUCCAUUUCCUAUUAUUGAGCGCAAUUGAACGUUGCGUGCUGCAUGAAUAUACAGAUAUCUUUGAAUCUCCUGAGUUGAUUAAUAUAUCUGCUCCGAAAUGCCUGGAUUACCAGCUAGUAUCGACCUCGACGAGUGCAUUGAGAGACUCUACCGGAAAGAGUUGCUGGCAGACUCGGUGAUCGAAGCGAUAUGCGCCAAGGCGAAGGAAUUGUUGAUGAAAGAGAGCAAUGUCGUCCACAUUGCGGCUCCGGUCACGGUGGUCGGAGAUAUCCACGGACAGUUCUUCGACAUGAUUGAGAUAUUCAAGAUCGGAGGAUUCUGUCCCAAUACAAAUUACUUGUUUCUUGGCGACUACGUGGAUCGAGGCUUGUUCAGCGUGGAGACCAUCUCCCUCCUCGUGUGCUUGAAACUGCGAUACCCCCAGCGCGUCCAUCUUAUCCGCGGCAAUCACGAGUCGCGUGGUGUAACGCAAUCAUACGGAUUCUACACGGAAUGCGCGCGCAAAUACGGCAAUGCCAACGUCUGGCAUUACUUCACGGAUAUGUUCGACUUCCUGACCCUCAGCGUGGUCAUCAAUGACCAGAUCUUCUGCGUCCACGGCGGCCUAUCCCCAUCCAUCCACUCCAUCGACCAAAUCAAAAUCAUCGACCGGUUCCGCGAAAUCCCACACGAAGGUCCCAUGGCUGAUCUAGUUUGGUCGGAUCCCGACACCGAACGGGAUGAAUUCUCCCUGUCGCCGCGUGGAGCGGGCUAUACGUUCGGUGCGCAGGUGGUCCGCAAAUUCCUCGAGGUCAACAGCAUGUCGCAUAUCCUACGGGCUCACCAGCUGUGUCAGGAGGGUUAUCAAGUUCUCUACGAUGACCGGCUCAGUACGGUCUGGAGUGCACCGAAUUACUGUUACCGGUGCGGAAACCUAGCUAGUGUCCUGGAGGUCAGUGAUACAGGCGAACGGUAUUUCAAUAUUUUUGACGCCGCGCCGGAAAAUGAUAUCCAUCGGGGCGAGCAGCAGGCGCAGCAGAACAAGGAUGGCCAGAGUCCGGUGAUUGACUACUUUCUGUGAUACCCUUCUUAUCUUUUUCCUUUCUGUUUUCUUUUUUUCUCGAUUCUUUUUACUUUUUUUGCCUGAGGUUGCUUUUUUGCUGUUGUUUUUGCUUCUUUCCCUUUCUUUUCUUGUGUCUAUUUUUUCAAACCC